UACGAUUACAAUCGGAAGGAAAGUAACAAGAUGUUACUAUUAUCCCUACUUUUAAUUUUUCCUUAAUAUACACAUAACCUGAGAAACCUAAUAUAAGUAUACAGUAUACACAUAACCUGAGGUGUCAUUUCAAACGAUAUAAAAAGAAUAGUUACAUUAUUUAUUUUUGAAUUAAACAUAUAGUUAUGCCUACAUUUAUAUAAUUUACAUAAUCAUUAUAUUUUACCACUUCGCUAUAAUCUACUACAGUAAAAACAAAAAUAGUUGAAAAAAGUUGGUCAAAAAUUACUUUUAGGGUUUUUUUGCGGCACCGCUACGUCCACAAACAGUCAGUACAGCGCCGCGAGCACUACUUAUUGAAAGGGGAUUUCAAAAAAUUUUAAUAAAAAAAAUUCAACCGACUUCCAAGUCAAAAAAUAACUUUAACUAAAAAGCAAAAAAUAACAUCCUACCUAUGUGCUACCUUCUGAUCAGUUUGAAGGCGGUGCCAAGCCAGUGAUGUUUUAAUUAAACACGUUUUAACUACAAAAUUUCUGUGGUUCUUUUAGAAACAGCUUUAAUUAAAACACGACACUGGCUUGGCACCGCCUUCAAACUGAUCAGAAGGUAGCACAUAGGUAGGAUGUUAUUUUUUGCUUUUUAGUUAAAGUUAUUUUUUGACUUGGAAGUCGGUUGAAUUUUUUUUAUUAAAAUUUUUAUUUUUUUAUUUUUAGUGUUAGCAUACCUACUGCGUGUGUACAGUCACAACCUAUCUAAGUGGAAAGUUCUUAUCAAGACAAAAUUAUCAAGUCCAAACACAAGGUAGCUACUGUGAGCCGUCGAGGAGUUCUCUUCACUGUGCUUCGUUUUCAUCACCAGACCCUUAAUACAGUCACAAUCCAUCUAGGUGGAAAGUUCUCAUCAAUACAAAUUUAUCAAGUCCAAACACAAGCUAGCUACUGUGAACCGUCGAGGAGUUCUCUUCACUGUCCCUUGUCUUCAUCAUCAGACCCUUAAUACAGUCACAAUCCAUCUAGGUGGAAAGUUCUCAUCAACACAAAUUUAUCAAGUCCAAACACAAGGUAGCUACUGUGAACCGUCGAGGAGUUCUGUUCACUGUCCCUCGUCUUCAUCACCAGACCCUUAAUACAGUCACAAUCCAUCUAGGUGGAAAGUGCUCAUCAAUACAAAUUUAUCAAGUCCAAACACGAGGUAGCUACUGUGAACCGUCGAGGAGUUCUCUUCACUGUCCCUCGUCUUCAUCACCAGACCCUUAAUACAGUCACAACCCAUACAGGUGGAAAGUACUCAUCAAUACAAAUUUAUCAAGUCCAAACAAAAGGUGACUGCUGUAAAUCGUUGACGAGUUCCAUCGUCUGUGUUUCGGCUCCAUCAUCAGACCAACUCCAAACCUUCAUAAAGUUGUAGUGGUUUAAAAUACCUUAUGGAAACACUAACAAACGCACUAGCCGUCUCUACAACUUUCGAAAGUUCCCUUCAAUUUCUCCAUGAUGCCAUCAUCAGAUCCUGACAUGAAAAAAAUGGGACCACCCUGGAAGUGAAUCCUUCAAAACAAAAAAAGAAUUUUCAAAAUCGGUCCAUAAUUGACGGAAUUAUCGCUGGACAUACAUAAAAAAAAAAAAAAAAAAAAAAAAACAUACAUACAGCCGAACGUAGAACCUCCUCCUUUUUGGAAGUCGGUUAAAAAUGUCUCAUAUCGGUAAAUUAGUUAUUAGUGCAGUCAACAUAAUUUUCUCAAAAACUCAUUUGUUACGUUCAUCCCGUGUUACUCGUACGUUCAUACCUGAUCUCCCGUAAGGAUUUUAAUAAUUAUCUUUUCAAAAUUGUUAAGAAAAUAAAAAAAAAAAUGUAAAAAAAUGUACCUAUUAUAAUAUCUAUUUAGUUCAAGAUGGGAAAAUGGAUUAUUAUCGGCUACAGUAAACGACUAUGUGGACAAAACAAUAAAGAUGAUAGUACCUUUCUUACAAGAAAACGGUCUCGAUCCUAUGGAACUGCCGGAAAUCAUCGAGGGUUUUGAAGUGAGGCCGGUAAUUAUCACAUACAGCGCUUGGCUGCGCCUGCAUGACGGUCAGAUGAGAGGCCUGGUGAAUGUAGACCGACACGGUGACCAGCUAGUGAAGUACUCGGCGAAAAUGUUGCGUGUCCGUCUGCAACUACAGUUUACUGAUUUGGAAUUCGACUACAAGUAUUUAGUAAAGGUAAUGAACAUAGGACCAACGGGCGGCAUCAUCGGUUCAUUGGACAGGUUCAUCGUGAUUGCCGACGUUUUGAUUGAUUUCAACAACGAUGAAAUACAUUUGCAACAGUUUUCAAUUACUAAAGUUGGUCGUCUCCGUGUGCGUUUGACCGGCAACAUUCUGACCGAUUGGCUGGUCAACCCGGUCAUUGGAGUUUUCACGAGAGUCUUCAACACUAUUAUAAUGAAAGUCGUGGAAAUUAAUAUUCGUAAUGCAGCAAACACGGCUAUCAGUUCCAUUAACUUCCGUAUACAAGACAUCAUAGCUAUCAUCGAAUCACACAAUUGAAGACAGCUGACAGUCUGCUCUGAUAUUGCAAUACUCAAUGGCGUUCACAAAGUUUUUGAUUAGGGUAUCCUUUAUACGUAUAAAUUGUACAUAUUGGAAAAAAUUUAAUACAGUAAAGGUAAAUAAAUCAUCAGGGUAGGCAGUGCAUUUUUGCAUCUAUUACAGUGCCCGCCACGAAAUAUUGUGUUUGUGAAGUUGGCAACAAAUGACUGCGCAAUGAAUCAUUAACGGUACAAACGGCGCGGGCGGGGAGUCGCGUCUGAACGAAUGCGCAUAGGUACUCAUUCGCAGCUAACUUCACAAAUAUAAAGACACGUGGCGAGCACUGUAAGUGCGCAGCUAUUCUGAAUUUGACUGAGAUCGAUGUUUCCGUUUACUGCGCAAACACACCUCAGAGUUCAGAGUGGACACGAAGUUUGUCGCAUACCUCUCCUCUGCUCCUGGUCCAAGAAUUUGUCGCAACCUUCGUUAUUUUAUAAAAACUGAAAGUUCGUCAGCUCUUGCUAUUAACAUCGCUAUGUACGGUAUACCUACUAUUAGUUAGGGACUGUAAUUUCUUUGCGAGGUAGCAGGUUUCAAGGGUCCUUAAUUGUCCAAGUAUAAACAUAUUUUUUAAUAUUUUCUACGGGAAAUUACAUCCGCAAUCGCUAGACACUUCGGGGCACCCUUUUCGCUAGAGACCAUGCAAGUUGGAUCUUUAACAGGGUUAACACAAAGUCAGUUUUCUGUGACUAAGCUAAGAAAAUGAAAUAAAUACAAUUUAAACAAGGAUGGUUGAGGUUGACCUUUGAUACCUGCUACCUCCUAAAACUACCACGGACUAUAGCUUUACAUAAAAUUACUAAUAUUAUAUAGGUCGCAUGGGCUGACAAACUUUCAGCUUUUAGUUGACUGAUUUACAAAAAUAAAAUAUUUCUCUUUAAUUUAAAGCGUUUCUUUAA